CGCAACUCGAUAUGAGAGUCAUCGAAAUGGAAAGCACCCAUUGUAUAAUUGUAUAGGUAAUCAUUUCGUUUGAGAAAUUGCUAGUAUAUUGCAAAAUAACUCGGAUCAUAUGAAACGUGAAUCUCGUAAAAGGUGUUAAAUUGAAAAAAAAAUCUCUAGGAUUUUACGUAUUGCAAGUGUUUUUUUUUUUUUUUUUCUUUUUUCUUGUGAAAUCAUAUAAAUAUCAUAUAAUAUAGGAAAGAGUAUAUGCCGAAAGAGUAUACACGGAUUAGUAUAAUGAUACCGAGAGAUAUUUAGUAUUGUAUCAUUUAUUAGUAUGUAAACUUACUAAAGAACGCAGAACGAAAUAAAAAGAGGUGCGAAUAUUUUUAUUUUCUCGACGAUUCAAGGCUAACGCGAAAUUUUUAAAAUGUCUGUGACCUUUGCUCAACGCGGCAGACCAUCUCUAACGCCAGCGCAAAUACAAAAAAUGCUCGAUGAAAACAGUCAACUUAUACAGACUAUUCAAGAAUAUCAAAGCAAAGGCAAACCACAAGAAUGCAUACAAUAUCAACAACUGUUGCACCGUAAUCUUGUAUAUUUGGCAUCAAUUGCAGAUGCAAAUCAAAAUAUACAAGCAUUACUUCCGCCACCACAAGGAAUUCCAAAUGGACCACAACAUCCGAUAAUCAGUCCACAAGGGCUCCCAAGUGGUCCUGGAAAUUCAGCUGGUCCAGGAGCAGACAUGCCUCCUAAUACACAACCAACAUUACCAAUGUCUAAUUUUAAUCAAGGACAGCCUAUGACGCAGGGUGGUUAUCGUGGACCUGUAAUGCCUGGUCAAGGUCCUACUAUUAACAGACCUACUGCUGCGCCUGGACCUCAACAAUAUAGAGGUGGCCCUCAAUACUCUCAACAACCAACACAGCAAGCAUAUCCAGCUCAAUAUGCAAAUCAAAAUCCAGGAUCUAAUUAUCAAGGACCUCAAGGAGCUGCAUAUACACCAGGUCAACCAAAUCAAUAUGGACCACCAAAUGCUUCUCAGCCACAAGGAUAUAAUACAUCUUCACAACCAAAUUAUGGCCCUCCGACAACAGUAAAUAGCUAUGGUCCACAACCAGGUUAUCCCCCUCCAGGAUCAACUCAGCCACCUGCCGGAUAUGGGCCUCCUCCACCAAAUCAACAAGGCUAUCCUCCUUCUAAUACAUCUCAACAAAACUUUCAAUCUAGUGGUCAACAACAACAAACUGGACAAUAUGGCAGUCCUAGCCCACAACCAAGCUAUCAACAGGCUCCAUCACAACCACCACCACAAAAUGCAUAUGGAACUGGUCAACCAGGAACUUAUCCUCCACCCUCCUCUCAAGCUUAUGCCAAUAAUGUACCUCCGCAAAAUUAUCCACCUCCUCCUACAUCUAGCACAGCUCAACCCCCACAACCAGGUUCACAGCAAACUUCUGGUCCUCAGUCCAGUUAUGGUAAUCAAUCGAGUCCUGGUCCUGGUCCAACACAAUAUGGUCCAGCUUCUACAUCUCCUCCAUUUAGUACUGCAGCAGCAAGUGCAGCCAAUACAUACGCUCAAAGUAGUCAACCAACUAGUACACCAUCUGCUUCCACGCAAACUUAUUCGCCAAGCAGUGGACCACCACCUACAUCUCAAGGUGGAAAUUAUGCUCCUAUUCCCACGCCUUCUGUUUAUCCGGUUCAUCAAACGCCUCAUCCAAGCUCUCAUCCAACACAUCCGUCUUCGCAUCAAUCACCAAUCGCCAAUACAUACGUUCAAAGUAGUCAACCAACUAGUACACCAUCUGCUUCCACACAAACCUAUUCACCAAGUAGUGGUCCACCACCAACAUCUCAAGGUGGGAACUAUGCUCCUGUUGUUCCUACAUCUUCCGUUUAUCCAGUUCAUCAAACACCUCAUCCAAGCUCUCAUCCAAAUCAUCCACCCUCGCAUCAAUCACCUCAUCAACCUCCUCAUACUCCGCAUCAACCUCCUCAUCAACCAUCUCAUCAACCAUCUCAUCAACCACCUUCCCAUCAACCUUCUCAUCAACCUCCUCCGCAAUCUCAACAACAAUCUCAAAAUCCUCCUCAAUCCCAACAGCAACAGUCCCCAAGUCCUGCUUCAAGCGGAUUUCAACCAUCAUCAGGUCCGCCCCAGGGUCCAGCACCACCACCGGGACCGCAGCCACAACCAGGUUACGGACCUGCGACAACGCAAACGUAUGUUCCACCAACUCCUGGCGGGCAACCACAAGUUUACACUCCACAUCCACCACAGGGAGGUCAACAUUAUGGACAUCCCCAAUAUCCUCCACAAAGUUAUCCACCUCCACCAACAGGACAAGGCUAUCCACAAUACCCACCACGACCACCAGGUGGACACAUGCCUCCUCCACCCGGACCACAAGGACCACCACCACCUAAUCAGUAUGGAGGAUAUGGUUAUCAACCCCCUCCUCAAUAGAAUAAACUAUUGCAAAUUAAUCUAUAGUUUAAAAAAAUAUAAGUGUUUUACUCUCUGAGAAAUAUUUCUUGUAAAAUUUUAUUUUUACUGGAACAAUUCUACUAUAGUACUAUUGUUGAAUGGAAAUAUUAAUCUAAUUAUUCGAUAUAAUAUUAAGAAUUUUUUUUUAGUUUUUUUCGGAGUUUUUUUUUGUUUUUUUUUUUUUUGUUUUUUUUUUUUUUUUAUUAAUAUGUUUUAUAGAUUAAAUGAUAAUGACAUUAAGGAAAUCGAUAGAAUAUAGAAUUUUUCUUUAAUUUCGCGAGAUGUGUUUUGUGUUAUUGUCUUAUUUCUCUACAUUAUGUUAUGUAAGAGUAAGUUCUAUUAAGAUGUAUUUUAGCUUUUGUACUUGUCACCAUUUCAUUAAACAUUUCAAUUUAUGAGUUAAUAA